AUGCUUGCCGGCCUAGAAUGCACUUCCGGGUACCUCGAUGACGUCAUCAUCGAUGGUAAAACAGGAGAAGAACACGAUCGCAACCUUCGAGCUGCUUUGAAGCGAAUCCAGGAAUUCGGUUUCACCAUCCGCGUCGACAAGUGCACUUUUCGUAAGCAGCAAGUACAGUAUGUGGGUCACGUUGUCGACAGUCGCGGGUUACGCCCGGAUCCGGCCAAGAUCGAAGCGAUAUCCAAACUACCGCCUCCUACCGAUGUCUCUGGUCGGGAGAUUAUCGUCUUUGCCGACGCUUCCUCCAUUGGACUAGGAGCGACGAUCAGCCACAAGUUCCCCGACGGUAGCAUCAAGGUUGUCCAGCAUGCCUCCAGGGCACUCACGAAAGCGGAGCAAGGUUAUAGUCAGCCGGAUCGUGUAGGUUUGGCCAUUAUCUUCGCCGUUACGAAGUUCCACAAGAUGCUCUUCGGACGGCACUUUCGUUUGCAAACGGAUCAUCAGCCUCUGCUGCGGAUCUUCGGAUCCAAGAAAGGUAUUCCGGUCUACACCGCAAACCGCCUUCAACGCUUCGCACUCAACCUGCUGCUCUACGAUUUCGACAUCGAGUACGUGCCCACUCACAAGUUCGGCAACGCGGACCUGCUUUCCCGGUUGAUCAACCAGCACGUCAAGCCCGAUGAAGAUUACAUCAUCGCAAGCCUCAACCUGGAAGAGGACCCCAGGUCAGUUAUAUCUAGUUCCGUUAAAGUGUUGCCGUUUCAUUUCAGAGCCGUCGCGCAAAGCACCCAGGCAGAUCCGCUGCUACGCAAAGUCUACCACCACAUCCAGAACGGUUGGCCCCAGUCCAAACUUUCGGGGUCCGACCUCCAACGGUUCCAAGCCAGACAGGAAUCGCUCUCUGUGGUAGAUGGGUGCAUCAUGUUUGCCGAACGGCUCGUCAUCCCAUCGUUGCAUCGCCAGCGCUGCCUGGAACAGUUCCAUCGUGGCCAUCCCGGCAUGCAGCGUAUGAAAUCUCUCGCACGCAGCUACGUCUAUUGGCCCAGUUUGGAUACCGAUAUCGUCACCUUCGUCAAGGCAUGCCAAAAGUGCGCGUCCGUAGCUAGAUCACCUCCUCACUCUCCACCGGUGCCGUGGCCCAAAUCGACAGUUCCGUGGCAGCGAGUCCACAUCGAUUACGCUGGCCCGAUCGAAGGCGAAUACUACCUUAUCGUCGUCGAUUCGCUCUCCAAGUGGCCGGAGAUUGUUCAAACGAACCGUAUCACCUCGACGGUGACCAUCAGCAUCCUCCGUGGGCUGUUCGCUCGCCUGGGUAUGCCUGCUACACUUGUCAGCGACAACGGUACCCAGUUCACCAGCGCCGAGUUCGCUGAUUUCUGCGCCACCAACGGCAUUGAACACCUCACGACGGCUCCGUUCCAUCCACAGUCCAAUGGCCAAGCGGAAAGAUUCGUGGACACUUUCAAACGGGCCGUGAAGAAGAUUAGAGAGGGGAGAGGAUCGAUACAGGAAGCACUAUAUAUAUUUAUUCUAACGUACCGAAGUACGCCCAAUCGUGCUCUUCCCGACCAGAAGUCGCCAUCUGAGGUCAUGUUUGAACGCAAAAUCCACACGUGUCUCGAGCUUCUGGGUCCACCGCCGGUACGAACAUCAGUAACAACGCCCGACGACUGUAAGCAACUGCGAUCCUUCAGCCGGAACGACCCCGUUUAUGCCAAGCUCCACGGUCGCAACGGCUGGAAGUGGCUUGCCGGUAAAAUUGUAGAGAAAAUCGGAGACGUAAUGUACAACGUGUGGGUCGAAGAUCGUCGAAUGCUGCGCUCCCACAUCAACCAGCUCCGGAGUCGUUUUGCUGCUGACACGACGCUGAAGCAAGCUACUAGUCAAGCCACCUCUCGCCGGUAUUCAUUACCGCUCGACAUAUUGUUGGAUGCUUGGAAUCUCCCAAGUACAUCAACCGGCAGUCAGGCACUGUCGCCUAUUCCAAGCGCAUCCGUUUCGACUCAAGCAUCAAUCUCCAGUCCCGAGCCUACAUUGAUAGGUUUCAAAUCAGCUUGUUCUGCGUCCACGCCACGACACGAGCUUCCGGCAGUUCCGUCUACGUCAUCAUCAACGUCAACAUCGACCGAGUUCGAGUCCGCUAUUGAAGUGGAACCAGUACUGGAUCUUCCUAGGCGUUCUUCACGUGCUCGAAGACCGCCGAACAGGUUUGACCCGUACCACCUCUAUUAA